UUAGAGUAAAUAAUAAAUAGAUUAUAAUACAGUAAGUCAGGCCAGUGUUAUUCUAAAUAUGGAUUUAAAGGUAAUUCUCAGUGUGUUCGCAUGCAGCUGCUAUUUUGCAGUAUUAGCCUUGGACAAUGGGUUGGCUCUGACGCCGCCCAUGGGCUGGCUUACCUGGCAGAGAUUCCGGUGUAUCACCGAUUGCAAGAAGUAUCCAAAUGAAUGUAUAAGUGAAGCGCUAAUAACUCGCACAGCUGAUAUCAUGGUGAAGGAGGGCUAUCUCCAGGCCGGCUACAACUACGUGGGCAUCGACGACUGCUGGCUCGAGAGGGAGAGAGAUGAACAUGGCCUCCUGGUGCCAAACAAGGAGAGAUUCCCGAAUGGCAUGAAAGCGAUUGCUGAUUAUCUCCACAACAAAGGCAUGAAGUUCGCGCUAUACGAGGACUACGGAAACUUGACCUGCGCGGGCUACCCUGGUGUGCUUGGCCAUGAGGAAGUAGACGUGGAGACCUUCGCCAACUGGGAUGUGGACUAUGUCAAGCUAGACGGCUGCUAUGUGGAAACGGAGAAAAUGGAUACAAGUUACCCACAGUUUGGUAAAUUGAUGAACAAGACUGGACGGCCAAUAGUCUACUCCUGCAGUUGGCCUGCAUACCAGAAAAAACCCGAUUAUGCCUCAAUCGCCAAGCACUGCAAUCUCUGGCGGAACUACGAUGACAUCCAGGACUCCUGGGGGUCUCUCACCAACAUUAUGAAUUGGUUUGGAGAUAACCAGGCUGACUUCGCACACUACGCUGGCCCAGGACGAUGGAAUGAUCCAGAUAUGCUCAUCAUUGGCAAUUUUGGUCUAUCCCUGGACCAAGCAAGAGUGCAGAUGGCUAUUUGGUCUAUCUUGGCAGCACCAUUACUAGUUAGUGUGGAUUUGGCCACCAUUAGACCAGAAUUUAAGGAGAUACUACUGAACAAAGAGAUCAUUGCUAUCGACCAAGACGUUAUGGGUAAACAAGGCCUCAGGGUGUGGAGGGAAAAGAACAUUGAGAUUUGGACUCGCGAGCUUUUUGAUGGGUCGUACGCGAUCGCAUUUGUGAAUCAAAGGGAUGAUGGCGCCCCGCACUCAGUAAGCGUUACAUUCAAUGACAUGAAAAUAGAGAAACAGGGCUACAAAGUUCAUGAUCUGUAUAAAGAAGAAGAGAAUAGGUAUAUUGGACCUAAGGAGAAAUUCGAGACAAGAAUAAACCCUUCGGGCGUAAAGUUCUACAAAUUUACCCCCAAUAGAUUGCGAGCUGUUGAAAUAGUUUAAUCCAAUGUUUUUCAAACUGU